AUGGGAUCAAAAGCGUCGAAAAAUCUAUCAAAAGGUACCAAACCACCGUCGACGGAAUCUGUCGCUGUCUUGCAGCCUUUCAAACCUCUAACCAAACCACUAACCUACCCGUCCUUGGUCUCAGUUGUGGAGUUCAUCUGCUUUGGUAGACGAAAACAACUAUACGCAAAAUGUCCAACGAUUCGAAAACUCGAAGAAAGACUACCCUAUCAUCUUGAACGUGUGGAAAUCCAAACAAUAGGCCCUAGCUACAUUAUUUUGGACUUGGAAAAUUUUGCAAUUGGUUCCUAUCUAUUCAGUGAAGACACGAUAUCUAUGUGGUGUUCUGAAAAUUGGGUGGAGCGCUCAACAGGAACGUCUUUGUAUGAGGCGACUGAAAAGUUUGCAUUAUAUAAUCUGAGCAGACCGGGGACAACAAUAAAGACACUUGAGACAAAAUUCACUCCGAAAUGCAUUUUGAACUGUAUCCCCUUGUCAAUCGAAAAUUAUGUAGUGGAAUGUAACGACUGGGACAAAUGGAUCAUCCGUACAACCAGACCAGUUAAAACUCUGCAGACUGAUUUUAUAAUCAGACAUGACACGAUCAAGUACGCAAAACACGUGACAGUGACUCGACCACCGCAUCUUCCGAUCUGA